AGAGACUGAAAGAGAAGGGAGAGGGAGAAAGAGGGGGAGAAGGCUUUCUAGAGGGGAGACAGGAGAGAGUGGAAAAGAGAAAGGGAGAGAAGCAGGAAGAGGAGAGUCACAGAGUGACCCUAGAGGACGAGGCUUCUCUGUUCCAGAUACUUCUAAGAUUGAAGACUGUUUGCUAGUGGGGAGACUCCGGCUCCGGCGGCCAGUUGGGCAGCGGCAAAGUAAAAUGGACAGUGAGAAACAGACGUUCCAGCCACCUCUCCAACGCCCAGAGGUCCCGGAGCUGUUCUCUGGCGAACUCCUUUCCCAGCUGGAGUCUCUGAGCCUGCUGGACCAAGGGAGCCCAGGGAGCGCCUGGAAGCUGCUCCUCGGAGAUGCCCUCGCCUGAGCAGUAAGAACUUCCCGUUGAGUCCCUGCAUUCCCUCCACCUGAAAUUCCCCAGGAGAGAGGGGUGGAAGACCCCAGGGGGAGGGGCGAGGGGGAUCCUAACGCAGCACUUUCUCCCCUCCCCCUCCCCCUGCCGGGCGCGCAGGCAUGGAUGUGCUCAGCCCGGGACAGGGCAACAACACCACCUUGUCAGAGGGUCCCCCCGGGAGACGCGGCAACGCUACUGGCGUCUCCGACGUGACCUUCAGCUACCAAGUGAUCACCUCACUGCUGCUGGGCACGCUCAUUUUCUGCGCGGUGCUGGGCAAUGCGUGCGUGGUGGCCGCCAUCGCCCUGGAGCGCUCCCUGCAGAAUGUGGCCAACUAUCUCAUCGGCUCGCUCGCUGUCACCGACCUCAUGGUGUCGGUGCUGGUGCUGCCCAUGGCUGCGCUCUACCAGGUGCUCAACAAAUGGACACUGGGGCAGGUCACCUGUGACCUAUUCAUUGCCCUCGACGUGCUGUGCUGCACCUCGUCCAUCUUGCACCUGUGCGCCAUUGCACUGGACAGGUACUGGGCCAUCACAGACCCCAUCGACUAUGUGAACAAGAGGACGCCCCGGCGCGCCGCUGCGCUCAUUUCGCUCACUUGGCUCAUUGGCUUCCUUAUCUCCAUCCCGCCCAUGCUGGGUUGGCGCACCCCCGAAGACCGCUCGGACCCCGACGCGUGCACGAUUAGCAAGGACCACGGCUACACUAUCUACUCCACCUUUGGCGCUUUCUACAUCCCGCUGCUGCUCAUGCUGGUUCUCUACGGACGCAUCUUCCGAGCUGCGCGCUUCCGCAUCCGCAAAACAGUCAAGAAGGUGGAGAAGAAGGGAGCGGACACCCGCUUUGGGGUGUCGCCAGCCCCGCCGCCCAAGAAGAGCAUAAACGGCGAUCCGGGGAGCAGAGAAUGGAGGCAGGGUGUGGAGAAUAAGGCAGGGGGUGCUCUGUGCACCAACGGCGCGGUGAGGCAGGGUGACGAGGGCGCCGCCCUGGAGGUGAUUGAAGUGCACCGGGUGGGCAACUCCAAAGAGCACCUGCCGCUGCCCAGCGAGGCGGGUGCAAUCCCUUGCGCCCCCGCCUCCUUCGAGAAGAAGAAUGAGCGCAACGCGGAGGCCAAGCGCAAGAUGGCCCUGGCCCGAGAGAGGAAAACGGUGAAGACGCUGGGCAUCAUCAUGGGCACCUUCAUCCUCUGCUGGCUACCCUUCUUCAUCGUGGCCCUGGUCCUGCCCUUCUGCGAGAGCAGCUGCCACAUGCCCACCCUGUUGGGCGCCAUAAUCAACUGGUUGGGCUACUCCAACUCUCUGCUCAACCCUGUCAUUUACGCCUACUUCAACAAAGACUUCCAAAAUGCGUUUAAGAAGAUCAUCAAGUGCAAGUUCUGCCGCGGAUGAUGGUGGAGGAGUAGUCGGCGAGUAGGUCCGCCCCAUCCUCUCUGCCUCCUCCAGCCCUCUGGAAUCAACACCUAUGAUAGCUCGCUACUUUUCCUCUGACUUUCUCGGCUGCUCGGGGUCCCCAGCUUCCAGACCUCGUCCCUCCUCCCCCGUCGCCCAAUCCCCUGCUCGGACGGACGAGUGCGCUUUGUGCAAAGAGCCCCAGCGGAGGGUCUGGAGGGCUUGGGAAACUCCCCGGUUUGUGAUAAGCGACCUUGGCUCAGACUUUGGCUUCAGAAUCAGUUCUGAUCCCUGCACUUGCCUCGUCCCUCUUCUGCACCCCAAAUCUUCGCGGCGGAAGUUUAAGCCUCAGCCAUUCAAGGCAAAAAAUCUACACAGAAAAACAGUACACCCAGCUGCCGCGCCCACUUAACGGCUCCCACCCGAUCGCCCCAUUGCUAGAACUUGUAUUAAACGUUCAGGAGUUUGCUUCAUUCCCUAUUCCCAACUCUCUCCCGCCCUCCCCCUGGAAACUCACUUUUAUUUUUCAGUUUCAUCCCUUCUUUCCAGCUUUUCUAUAUGCCCUCCCUAGUCCCUCUGCAUAGGUUUGCUAGUCGGGAAAAGCUGGAGGGUCUGUUUUUCCCACUGACUGUGGUGUCCCUGGUAAUCCCCGCCUCCCUGUGUAGACCUGCAGAGUAACUCUUCCGCGCCCAGCCCCCAGCUCUGUUUUCUUGGACUCCAAACAAGUGGCCAGAAGCUGUCUCUUAGAGUGGACUUGUAAGUACAAGCAAGGCUGGGCCACUGGGGGAGAGCGAGAAGGGAGUGCGGAACGAUUUUUAUCUGUGCUUGCCUUGAAGGCGUCAGCACUCACCAAAGAAACUGACAGUGGGAGGGAGAACGGACUUCUGUUUGUAUAGGCUGCUGGCGCGUCUGCACGUUCUGGUGUCGCCACUUACCUACCGCGGGCUGUGCCCGCCGGCCAAGGUGCGUGUACUUAGGCCGCCCAGCCGCCUACCUGCCCCGCGCCUCCGCAGGCAGCGGCUGUCUGGUGUGCGCUCGGCGCGCGCGCGAGGAACUCAACCAACUGCAGCCAUUCUUCCACCUACGCCGCGGUACGCGCAGAAGGACGUCUAAACCGCGGCGGUCUGCGGAAGCCGCUGGAGCUAGAACUGUAUGGCAAUGGUUUUUGGACAUUUAUUCUUCCUACUUUGGAGGAAUUACAUCAAAAUGAGGAAGGAGCAUCCAAUUGGAGCAUAAUUGCCAAGGCAAUAGAGAAAUUUGGGGAAUAAGUGCAUAGCAGUCAACAGCCCCUGAUGCUUUUUAUUUCUUUUAGUCUUUAUAUUAAGACAAAAUAUAUAUGCAUCAAAAUUGGCCUUCACUUUUCUCUGUGACAAUAAAGGACUUUAUUAAUGGUAAUGCUACAAUAAACUGAUAUCAGUAACCCAUGCAUCUGUAUUUUAAUCGGAAUUACUGUCUACUUGUAUUUUUUUGUAUUAUUUAAAAAUUGAAGUUAAAAAAUACAGUCAUCAGGAGAAGAUUCUGCUAUAUAGAUCAGGGAUAUGAAACUCAUUCUAAAUGAGUGAUUUCUUUUUAAAAAAAAUCCUGUCUCUGAAAAGAGGUCACAUCUCAUCGUUUUGCCAGGAAACCAUGAAUUUUCCCUGACUGACACCUACGGUUAAGACUUAGACAUCUGUCUAAUUAAUAUGGACAGGGUGGAGGACACGCAGAAGAGAAAUGCAGCCUCUGGUGAAAGCAACAAGAAACACAACCGCAUCUUGUGUUUUUAAAGCAGUGGACAGUCUGAUGCCCCUCCUCUGUCUUCCCACAACUUGUAGCUAGAAGAAAGUAGCCUCCCCUGGUUUCAAUUAAAGCAGUGCAUUGUUUUGGCAUUUGUCACUCAGUUAAAAAUGGAGAGGCAUUUUCCUUUCUGUCUGGGUCUCACUUGAUAGUGGGGUUCUGUAUGGAAGAUCUAUUACUAUGCUAAAAUUAAUUUUUAUGCUCUCUUUCCCCCCGUUAGAAUCAUCGGCAAUGCCUCUUGUUUCCCAUGGUAUGUUUGGUAAUUCCACUGCUUUCUGCUAUCAGAAUGAUGGCUGCAGGACAUGCUGAGCCCCGGUACAACCCACGGGGAACACAAAGGUCAGGGAUAUUUUGGCCCCAGAAGAGAGCGCUCUGAAGCUGCAGGAAGCCUUGUACAUUCACUACAUGUAUACACAUGUUCUCGCAAUAAUGAAGAGUAAAGACAGGGGAAUGGGGAGAAGAAAAGCUGUCUAGAAUUUCUCAUCUGAAAACUGUUCCAUUAAUGUGUCCCUGAAC